AAUUCUUUUGUUUUGUUUUGCAAGGGAGAUGGAAGAGGAAACCUGCCUCUCAUCUGCCUUGAGCUAGGAGAUGGCAUUGGUACAUUUAGCUUGAACUGUGUCUCACACAAGAGUCAGUGUGUUGACUGAGGACGGAGGCUUGCCUGAUUUGCUUAGUGUCAUCGACAUAAGAACGUCCAAGCUGUAGAGAAUUUUUAUAAAGAUUUAUUUGAGACAAAAAAAGAGAAUACACCUGGAAGCAAGAUCUCAACAGACUUCAUAAAUGCUUCAGAGAACAACAGUUUGCAGUUUCUUUUAUGCAUUUGAAAUUCAGGAGGGACGCUAAGGAGGAUUACAUGGAGGUGGGAGAAAGCAAGUUCCGGAGACGAAGAUCGCACUGCCCCCCUGCCUAUCGGAGGCCUUAGCUACGUCCAGGGCUACACCAAAUUUCGUCUGAUCAACAAGACCGUGGGACAUUGCCUGGAUGCCACAGCACAGAGGUUCCCGGACCGAGUGGCCUUGAUUGUGGUCCAUGAAAACAUCAGGAUGACCUUUGCCCAGCUCAAGGAAGAGGUGGACAAAGCUGCUUCUGGGCUCCUGAGUAUUGGCCUUCGCAAGGGUGACCGGCUGGGCAUGUGGGGACCCAACUCCUAUGCGUGGGUGCUCAUGCAGCUGGCCACAGCCCAGGCGGGCAUCAUUCUGGUAUCUGUGAAUCCAGCCUACCAGGCUAUGGAACUGGAGUAUGCCCUCAAGAAGGUGGGCUGCACAGCCCUCGUGUUCCCCAAGCAAUUCAAGACCCAGCAGUACUACAGCAUCCUGAAGCACAUCUGCCCAGAGCUGGAGAAGGCCCAGCCGGGGGCCUUGAGGAGUCAUAGGCUCCCAGAUCUGACCACAGUCAUCUCAGUGGACACCCCUCUGCCAGGGACAAUGUUCCUGGAUGAUGUGGUGGCAGCUGGGAGCAAAGAGCAGCAUCUGGCUGAGCUCCGAUACGCCCAGCAGUUCCUGUCCUGCCAUGACCCAGUCAAUAUCCAGUUUACCUCGGGGACGACAGGCAGCCCCAAGGGAGCCACCCUUUCCCACUACAACAUUGUCAACAACGCCAACAUCAUAGGGGAGCGCUUGAGACUGCACCUGCAGACACCAGAGGAGUCACGGGUGAUCCUGCCCAGCCCCCUGUACCACUGCCUGGGUUCUGUGGGGGGCACAAUGGUGAGCAUGAUGCACGGUGUCACCCUCGUCCUGUCCUCCCCGAUUUUUGAUGGCAAGAAGGCGCUGGAGGCCAUCAGCAAAGAGAGAGGCUCCUUCCUGUAUGGCACCCCCACAAUGUUCGUGGACAUUCUGAACCAGCCAGACUUCUCCAGUUACGACAUCUCAUCCAUGCGUGGAGGUGUGAUUGCUGGGUCCCCUGCACCCCCGGAGCUGAUCCGAGCCAUCAUCAGCAAGCUGAACGCAAAGGAGCUUGUGGUUGCUUAUGGAACCACAGAGAACAGCCCUGUGACCUUCAUGAACUUUCCCGAGGACACCGUGGAGCAGAAGGCCCAAAGUGUGGGCAGAAUCCUGCCUCACACAGAGGCCCAGAUCAUAAACACGGAGCUGGGGACCAUGACAGAGCUGAACACACCAGGAGAGCUGUGGAUCCGAGGGUACUGCGUCAUGCUGGGCUACUGGGGCGAGCCCCAGAAGACUGAGGAAGUAAUUGGACAGGACAAGUGGUAUCGGACAGGAGACAUUGCCAGCAUGGAUGAGCAGGGCUUCUGCAAAAUCGUGGGCCGCUCCAAGGACAUGAUCAUCCGGGGCGGCGAGAACAUCUACCCCGCAGAGCUUGAGGACUUCUUUCAAACACACCCGAAGGUGCAGGAAGUACAGGUGGUGGGAGUGAAGGACGACCGGAUGGGGGAGGAAGUCUGCGCCUGCAUUCGGCUGAAGAACGGGGAGGAGACCACGCCAGAGGAGAUCAAGGCUUUCUGCAAAGGGAAGAUCUCCCACUUCAAGAUUCCCCGAUACGUCGUGUUUGUCACCAACUACCCCCUCACCAUCUCAGGAAAGGUCCAGAAAUUCAAACUUCGCGAGCAGAUGGAACGGCAUCUCAACCUGUGAAUAAAGGGGAGGGAGGUCCUCCCAGGCCCUCCCUGCCCUUCCCCCACAUCCCCCUCGUCAGUCUUAGUGAUUUGACAUAAAGAGCUUCUCUGUUUUCUUUGG